CUGAUAAAACAGACUCUAAAAUGCUAUUUAAGGGAUUCAUCUAUAAGAUGACGAGUUAGUAUAUUGAUGUCUCGUGACUUGAUGAGCGUUUAUCGUGAAACAGAACUAAUAUGUUGAAAAUUACGAGCGCGACGUUAGUGCAGGUGACCGUAUUUUUUGUAAUGCAGGCAUCUGUUGAAGUUGUAGAACCGUGCAACGAUAAAUUCAUCAAGGAUAUGGUAGUGCACGUUUGUGGAAUGGUUGGAUUUAAACGCUCACUCGCUGAUAAUAGCAAUCCUGGUUCGUUAUUUGGGUUAAGUCUAGGGGGAAUGUUGGGCGAUGCUGAACGCGAAUUCAAAGACUUGGUCAGAGACAUCGCAGAAGCAGACUUGCAACUGAAAAAAUCUAAUAAGAAUAAACCAAAAGAAUCAAACGUUACUCCACUGCAGCGUACAAUUAACUUAUCGGGUUUCAAAGACAGAUCGAGACACGUGAAUAGACGUGAUGAUGCCGGAAAGGUCACGAUUAAAAAGCGGGAAGUAAUGGCAAUGUUAAAAGAGUGUUGCGUCAAGAAGACGUGUACUGACAAAGAUUUUUAUCGUAUAUGCGAGAAAAAAUAAACAAUAUAAUUAAUAACAUUUUAA